AGGCGCUGUUUGGCCCUCUUUGGGCAAGCGCAAAGCGAACGCGCAAUUUCUUUCCAGUAUUUGCCUUGGCGCUUCCGCGAGCCAUGGAGCUUAUGUCAGGGCUACCCUUGAUGUUCAAGCUCCUCCCAUUUACACACGCCGUUGACAGGAUGCUCUUCACAGAUGCUUGGGACAUAACCGUUACCGAGGAACAGUAUAGAGCUGAGAGAGCUCAAGAUGUGCGGAAUUGGCGUCGCAGCACUUUGGAAGCCGUGGACGAAAUCCACCGACAGGCCGAUAAGACCGAAAAUCAGCUGCGAGAUCUCUGGGAGGGCGUCCAGGAAGCCUUCGCCUGGUGCAGCUCUGGUGCUCCACGAAGCGAUGGAGGUUUGAGGCAUGGCUGACAAGCUGUUUGGCACUUUCUCGGAGUUGAAGACCGAAAUGCAAAAGUUCCAAGAGGUGUAUGCGGUGCACGAGGUGCACGAGGGUCACUGGGGGACGCGCUGCACAAAGUUUGCCCACAGCACUUGCCAGGAGUGCGAAGGUGGCUUUGUGAAGCGCAACGGAGGUUGCGCCUCUUGCGCCAGCUCUAGUGCUUGGUUGGAUGAAGAUGGGCUUUCUUGCGACCAGACGAUGAUGUCCCAGCCCAAAGCACCAACCAGGAGGCUGCCAAUAUGGAGGAGGUCGCAUGAUUUCGAACGGCCAACUCUGGGCAUUGAAAUCGGAGAUCAUUCUCCAACCAGAGCCCCGCACAGCGCUACACUCUCGACUAGGCUGUGAAUUGGUGGCAUGCAACUUGACCAUGGAUGGAUCGGCAGGAAUGAUCCCCUACAUCCAGUGGAGGACAAAGCCAGCGUUGCCUUCAGCUUGCAAGGUGAAGCUACAGCGCAUCAAACAGCUGGCGUAAGCUUCACAACUGGGGUUACAUUGAUAUGGACGGAC